CACCUGUCAAUCUAUCGAUGACUGCACGUUUCGUACAAUUGCAUACAAUCGCUUUUUUCUUAGUUUCGCUAGGCUGGUACUUACUACUUGCUAGUAGAUAGGUACUUGGUAGGUACCUACUUCCGUGACCGUGUUGUGUUCAAAGUACAAACUACAACUUAGUUGUUAGCUGGUUUUUCUGUAAAUUAAUUACUUAGGUUUCUAUCAACACAAUGAGUUUGGUUGCCAAUACCGGAAAAUUAGCAGGUCGCACACUCUUCGUGACUGGUGCAUCCCGUGGAAUUGGCAAAGCCAUUGCCCUCAAAGCAGCCAAAGACGGUGCGAAUGUGGUCAUCGCAGCUAAAACUGCAGAACCACAUCCCAAACUCCCGGGGACAAUAUACACGGCAGCUGAAGAGAUUGAAGCACUUGGUGGAAAAGCUCUGCCAUGUAUAGUUGAUGUGCGAAGUGAAGAACAAGUGCAAAAGGCCAUUGACGAAGCUAUCAAGAAGUUUAAUGGAAUUGAUAUAUUGGUAAAUAAUGCAUCUGCUAUAUCUCUGACUCAAACAGAGCAGACGGACAUGAAGAGAUAUGAUCUCAUGCAUAACAUAAACACUCGAGGAACAUUCUUAGUGUCAAAGCUAUGUGUGCCAUUCUUAAAGAAGAGUGAUCAUGCACACAUCCUCAAUUUAUCUCCUCCAUUGAACAUGAAUCCAUACUGGUUCUCCGUCCAUGUGGCAUAUACAAUGGCCAAGUAUGGCAUGUCCAUGUGUGUACUGGGCAUGAGUGAGGAGUUCAGAUCUCACAAUAUUGGAGUCAAUGCGCUGUGGCCCAGAACAGCCAUCGCGACCGCUGCCAUUGAGAUGCUGACGGGGGACACAUCCACCAGCCGCAAGCCCGAGAUCGUGUCGGACGCGGCCUAUCUCAUGCUAUGCAGAGACCCGAAGACCUACACUGGCAACUUCGCAAUCGACGAGGAAGUGGUAAAGCAGGGCGGCGUGCAAGACCUCACGCCCUACGCCUGCGACCCCAAGAAGGCGGACAGACUGAUGCUGGACGGGUUCCUGGAGGAGGCGGCCAGCCUGGAGCAGCACCGCGCCAGCGUCAGCUCCGCCGCCGGUCAGCGGCGCCGCUACCACACCUCCGCAGUGCGACGUGAUAAGGUUGUCCACUCCACCACCCUGCACCCUGUCCGCUGUAACGUAGCGAGCCUGUUACCUGACUUCUUUCUAGACGCGCCUGCCGUCCAAAACGCCGCGCCAAAGAACGAAAGCAACUCUGAAGGACAGAUACCAAGUUUGUUUGCUGCCAUCAGCAAGAGCAUCUCCCCUGAGCUCGUGCAGAAGACACAGGCUGUCUAUCAGUUCAAUGUGAGAGGCAAGGAGGAGGGCGUGUGGCACCUGGACCUGAAGCACGGCGCGGGAGCGUGCGGCGCGGGUCAGCCGCCGCGGCCCGCUGACGCCACGCUCACCAUGGACGGAGCGCACUUCGCGGACAUGUUCGCCGGUAAACUGAAGCCCACCACUGCAUUCAUGAUGGGUAAGCUCAAGAUCAGCGGAGACCUGCAGAAGGCCAUGAAGCUGGAGAAGAUGAUGAAAUCAUUGAAGAAUAAAGUUUAAUUCAGUUUGUUAUGUAUAUUGAAAUAUAAGAGUAAAAUAUCUAUACAAAACUCCUGUCCUCCAAUCCCAUUAUCAAUCUCUGGAAAAACACAGAAUAUAUAGGUCUUUAUUCUGUCUUGCUGGCAACAAGUUACAAAUUAUAUCUCUGUUGUUACAAUUUUAUAUAUUUAACCUUGUAUUGUUGUGUACAUCAGCGGAAAAUUGUUGAAGCUAGAUUCACACUAUCAGCAAUUGUUGUAUGAAUGAUAAUAUGUGAACACUUCACUGUUACAGACUUGUAUUAGUAUUCAUUUGUAUAUAAGUAGCAAAUAGCUAAUAGUAUUGAUAAACAAAAACAAUUGAGAAAUAUAUGCUUUUAUAUUGUUAUAUUUUGUAUAUUUGAACAGAAUACAUUAUGUACAUAUAUAUUGUGA